AAAAGGCCACCACUUUUUUUUCAAUUAACUCACAGAGACAGAUUAAUAGACUCGAUAUUCAAUGGGUUGACAGCUGCAGUCUCCAGAAUCCAGAUCCGACCGCCUCGAUCGGGACGCGAGCGUCACCACAGUCCACAGUGUCACAGCGAUCAACCGGACGCCGCGGGUGACCAACCCACCCGCGCUUAGCCGCUUACCCCCGUCAGAUCCCCAGAUCCCCCUCCCAGCUAGCCAUGGCCGCGCCCCGCUCUGGUCGCCGCCCGCACUGCCACUGCUAGCCAUGGCCGCCGCCGCCGCCUGCCGGAGCCCGCUGGUCUGGCUCUUCGCGCUCGUCACCGCACUCUUCUUCUUCUCCUGGUACCUCCUCCUCGACUCCGCCGCGGGUCCAGCCGCCGCCCGCCGCCCCAACCAGUGGCUCCGCCUCGGCGGCGGCGGGCGGCGCUCCGGUCCCGGUAGGAAAUGCGACCCCGCGGAGGCGCUGCUGCGAGUGUUCAUGUACGACCUGCCCCCCGAGUUCCACUUCGGACUGCUCGACUGGAAGCCCCCCGGCUUCGGCGGCGGCGUGUGGCCCGACAUCAGGGACGGCGUGCCUGACUACCCGGGGGGCCUCAACCUGCAGCACAGCAUCGAGUAUUGGCUCACCCUCGACCUCCUGGCCUCCGAGCAGGGCGCGCCCACGCCCUGCGCAGUGGCGCGGGUGCGCCACGCGGCGGACGCCGACGUCGUCUUCGUGCCCUUCUUCGCCUCGCUCAGCUUCAACCGCCACUCCCGGGUGGUACCGCCCGCGCGGGACAGCGAGGACCGCGCGCUGCAGCGGAGGCUCCUCGAGUUCCUCGCCGCGCGGCCCGAGUGGCGGAGGACUGGCGGGCGGGACCACGUCGUGCUCGCGCAUCACCCCAACGGGAUGCUCGACGCGCGCUACAGGUUCUGGCCCUGCGUCUUCGUGCUCUGCGACUUCGGGAGGUACCCGCCCAGCGUCGCCAACCUCGACAAGGACGUCAUCGCGCCCUACCGGCACCUCGUCGCCAACUUCGCUAAUGACACCGCCGGAUACGACGACCGGCCGACAUUGCUCUACUUCCAAGGCGCCAUCUACAGGAAGGACGGUGGUUUCAUCCGGCAAGAACUGUAUUACCUUCUGAAAGACGAGAAAGAUGUGCAUUUCUCAUUUGGAAGCGUAGCCGGUAAUGGGAUCGAGCAAGCAACACAAGGGAUGCGGUCAUCCAAGUUCUGCCUCAACAUUGCAGGUGACACUCCAUCCUCCAACCGCCUCUUUGACUCCAUAGUCAGUCACUGUGUUCCCGUCACGAUCAGCGAUGAGAUUGAGCUCCCGUUUGAGGAUGUCCUCGACUACUCGAAGUUCAGUGUCAUAGUACGUGGCGCAGACGCAGUCAAGAAGGGGUUUCUAAUGAACCUGAUCAAAGGGAUCAGCCGAGAAGAGUGGACACGCAUGUGGAACAGGCUAAAGGAAGUGGAAAAGCACUUUGAGUACCAAUACCCAUCUCAGACCGAUGAUGCCGUGCAGAUGAUAUGGAAGGCCAUUGCUCGGAAGGUGCCGUCUAUCCGGCUGAAGAUUAACAGACUGCAAAGAUUUUCUCUGUUUGAGACUAACAGGACAGAUGAGACUCUACCCCCAUCUUCUUCUUGGCUACAGAAUCAGGCUCCUUGAUUUUGGACUAGCAAGCUCAGGCUUUCGCCAUGUUUUCAAUCUCGUAGAAUCAAGAGUUGAUACUGAAGACCAAAUCUUAAUCGCUUGACUGGGGGCAGAUGUUAGUAUGUUACAGCUGCAGACAUUAGCGGAUAGUAAAGUUGAAACACUUUAGCAUAGCAGAAUUACAUAUCCAGUGGCACAUCAUUUUCUUCAUUUUUUUUUCUUUUGCUUGCGAUUCAUCCAAAGUGUCCUCGGCUGCAGACUAAGGACAAUGAAUUUUGUAUGUGAAGCUGUAUAUUCUAGGCGGCAAUAUAGUUACUGAUCAGUUACAGUUGCUGAGCA